AUGUCCGAGGACGUCUCCAAGUUUCUGGAGCAGGUUCGCGAGCUUGGGGAUCGACGAGCCGAAGAGGACGAAGCCCGCUCGAGAGAGCUGGAAGAGAAGAUAUUAGCAGACAGAAAGGAACGGCAAGCCCGCCGUGCAGAACGCGCCAGGUCCAUUUCCCCCCAGAAAUCAUCGCCAGUCAACACGCCACCACCGUCGGCCCAGCGCCCAACGACGCCUUUGCAGCGUCUCGACCUAGAAGCCUCACCCAGCUUCGAGCCUCCCAAAAGUCCCCAGACACCGAGUCACACAGACUCAUCCGACGCCAUGGCGACCCAGAACUUUUAUUCCACGUCGGCGUCCAAGGAGAACGAGUCUCCCUUUGACGCUGAAAACAAGCGCGCCAGCAAUCCUUUAUCUCCAUCGAGAAGUGCAACGGUCCGAGGGUUGAGUUGGCAGCGGCGACCAAACUCGCAAGCGUCAAACGGCACAAGAAGUCGGCCGCUGUCUAUGGUUGCAGCCGAGAAUGCGGCCCGCUCCUCGACCACCCCAUCCGAACCUACAUCAGCUACCGAGGCCGUCUCCCGAGACCAGAUAUCCCAGGCACUGUCGUCCAAAGACCCUUCUUGGUUCCGCCAGACUUCAGAUAGGGGCGCCUCGUCUGCUGCUUACAGGAAGAACCAGGUCGAGGACGAAGACCGCACCGACACCUCUGCCAUGAGCGGUCAACUGCACGGCUUGGCCCGAAGACCAUCGACAGACCCCACAAAGGAUGAUUCCGACUCGAGACCCAACUCGGGUGCUCCACCUGGACUGCUUGGAUCACCAUUGUCCCUGUCAACUUCGCAACGACUGGAUCCUCCGAAGACGGAAAAUACCAUGGAGACUGACAGUCCCCGUGAGACCCAAGCUCUAGCUUCCCCCUUGCUUGGUCGCACGUCUCCUGUUCGCUCCGAUCGACCCAAUUCCCCCACCAAGGGCUUAGGGGGCUUCGUACAAAGUGCCAUGAUGAAGCGAUCUGACAGCGUGAACAAGCGAUGGAGUCUCAAGUCACCCGAGGGCUUGCAGCGUAACGAUACAAUUGCCUCAAACCGCAACAGCUACAUUGGACCUCGUGGCUCCAUCAGUCUUGGUCGCGACCAGUCAUUUGACGGAAUACCGCGGCCAGGCUCCAGCUCCUCACGACCCGGUUCUAGUCAAGGGAUCAAGGAGACUGCAGCAGAAGACCCGGCAUCAACACAAGUCAACGAAGCUGCAAACUCUACAGAAGCUCCCCAGGAGCCCGAAGCUGUUGACGAGGAGAAAAUGACGCCGCCAACCAGUCCCUCCAAGACCAUGGAUCCUCGGAGAUGGAGUCCUACCAAGGCGAGUUGGCUCGAGUCUGCUUUGAACAAGCCCGAAUCGCCAAAGCCCAAGGCAACGCCCGCUCCAGUAAACCAGCCCCCGUGGAUGGCUGAAAUAGCCAAGGCAAAGGCACAAAAGGCAGCAAACCCUAGCGGAGAGCUUUCGAGAGCGCCCACGGUAUCCCAUAAGCAUCAAGUCAGCAUUGGAGGUCUUGCGCGAGCUUCCGCCCCGGGUGUUGGCGCCCGGCCUUUGUCGAUAGUAGGCGCAAGUGGCGCCGCGUCACCAAUUACACCCCAAUGGACUGGCUAUGGAAGUUCGCGGAAGGGUUCCGUCGACACUUCCGCCACUGGUGAUGCUCACGCUGAGGUUGUAAAGCCCACUGAGCGCGCCAGAGCGGCCACAACUGCAGCCAAUACCAAACCCAAGCCCGAAGCACCACCCAAGACGGACUUCAGAGCCAGUCUGCAGUCCAGACCGCCGCCCAAACCCGACUCUGUUGGACCGGCUGACUUCAAGAACGUCUUCGGCAAUCUCCGAAAGACGACAACCCAGAACUACGUUGCGCCCGAUGAGCUGAAGGGAAAUAUUCUACGAGGCAAGGCUGGUCUCAACGUGACAGGUGGUCCGAAAAAGACAGAGCGGGUAGACGAGUUCAAGGAGGCAAUCUUGUCCAAGAAGAAGGAUUUCAGCAAGGCGCAGUCGGAGGGCCGCGGUGUCACUCGUAACUUGAGCUCGGCAAGCGAGCAACCCGUCCCUGAAGGUCUCGUGAAAAGUUUUGAGCUCGGUCGCUCGAAGUCGAUCAAGCGUGACUCGGCCACGUUGACAUCCACCCCUUUUGGAGUUGGUAGAAAGUCAAUCAGCUCAACGGAGCGACCGAAUUUUCAUGAGAGACAAGCGUCUACGCAAGAGAACCCCAUGCCUGACCGGCGUCCGAGCAUCGGUAUCCAGCGAGAAUCAGCAAGCGCAAUCCCAACUUCCAAACCUAUCGGUACGGCUGCGCAUUCUUCGACCCUGCCCAAGGAGACAGGUGCGCCUGGACGACUGCCAGGCAAGCUUGCAAAUCGCUUCAAUCCGGGUCUGGCAGGUUUGCUCGCUCGGGGUCCUCCAUCAAUGGCGACUGGAGCGUCCAACAACAGCAACUCUGCAGGAGAUGGUUUAGCCAGCGGUGAACCGGCCUCGGGGCCAAAGCUUACACAUAUGACCAAGGGCCGGGCCAGAGGACCGAAGAGAAAGGCUCCCACAUCUGUCGCCUCGACUACAGCGCCCACGAGUAUAGGGGAAUCGUCUAUUGCGGCGGCGGAACCAUCGGAAGCGGAAACAGUGACGCCAGCAGAACCAGAAACACCAGCUGAUUCUAUCAGUGCUGCUGCUCCGCCCCAGGCUGAAUCCGUCCGUGCAGACUUGUCACAAAAGGAUGCGCACCAGGGCCGGCCGAAACCUCAGCCACUUGACUUGGUUGAUUCGAACAAACAAGGUCUCGAGACUACUUCUGUCGAGUCUACCAAGGCGCCCAGUCCCCUCAAAACCCGAGUCCGAUCCAAAAGUCGAGUUUUUGAACAAGUAGCUGCACUGGCGGCUCAACGCGCUACUCCGUCGCCUACAAAGCAAGAGUCACCACUGGUGAGCUCGCAACCACCUUCUCCGAGGAAACUCGAUAUGAAACGAGUCUCGAGGUUCGGCGGUGAUUUCAGCCCCGACAAGUCCCCUGAGCGCGAGUCCUAUCGCAAUGAGAAGACUCCCACGGAAAGCGCUGCGCCCAAGCCUCUUUCUAUCAAGCCAGCAAGCCCCAUAGAAAGCAAGCCCGAGGUGCGGUCGCCGCCCGUGGUUUCUGCAGGCAGGCCUCUACCUGAGCCAGAGAAAAUCAGCCCGCAGCCUGCACUUGAGACUACUAAAGAUCAACGUCUUCCAAGUCCACAGCUAGGAAGUGCAUCCGGCGGCAGAGCUUUGCCCUCUCCUCCCCCAGUCAGUUCAACUUCGAUCAAGACAAGUCCCUUCUUCGCUGCAGAGCAACCCAUCAGCUCAAGACCUCUACCUACUCCCCGAGCGACAUCUCCUCGACCUCUUCCUUCGCCAGUGCGAUCUCCUACUAAGCAGGCCAUUGAAGUUUCGUCAGUAUUGACGGACUUCUUUGGCUCUAAUCGGGCCAGAAGAGACUACCAAGUAGACUCGGCAGAUGUCCUCAUGCGGAGGCCAAACAUUUCCGCGCCGAGGAUUCAGACUUUGAGCGCACAGCUUUUCCACUUCUCAGCAGAUGGCAAGAAAACACCCGUACCGGCGCAUAACGACCGAGUCUUGUUUGAACAAGAGAUGUACUUGUGUUCCCAUACGUUCAAGAAUGAAGCUGGCAAGAAGACUACAGAGGUUUACUUUUGGUCGGGAGAUGAGGUUCCAGCUGCCGUGGUAGAAGAUGCAUCCAUUUUCGUCGCUCGUGAGGCUAGGGCUCUCGGUGGGACGCUCGUCAGAUUGCAGCAGAACAAGGAGACAACUGAAUUCCUAGCAGCUCUCGGUGGCAUUGUCAUUACAAGGCGUGGUUCCAGUAACAAGUACGAUUCGUUGGCACCUCAUAUGAUGUGUGGACGACGAUAUCUGGGACAGCUUGUCUUUGACGAAGUUGACUUCAACUCUGCAGCACUCUGCUCUGGAUUCCCUUACCUGAUUACCAGCUCUGGUAAAUGUUAUCUGUGGAAGGGCAAGGGCAGCGGUGCCGACGAACUCAGUUGCGCGCGGCUUGUGGGCAUGGACUAUGCGCUCACGGGCGAACUUGAGGAGAUCGAGGAUGGCCAGGAGCCUGAAAGCUUCUGGACUAUCUUUGGUGGAAACAAAAGACAGGGCUCUGCAGAUCACUGGCGUCUGAAGCCCAAUUACGACAAGUAUUGCAGCAGGCUCUUCCGUUCUGAAGCCACGUCCAAGCAGCAGAUUGUCGAAAUUGCGCCCUUUUCUCAAAAGGAUCUAGACCAAACAGGCAUUUUCGUGCUAGACGCCUUUUUCGAGCUGUAUAUCAUCGUUGGAGCGCGUGCGCAACCACAAUACGCCUCGUUCCACAAUGCGCUCGAGUUUGCCCAGGAAUUUGCUAUUCUUGCUGCUGGCAUGGAGGACCGGCCCUUUGUGCCUGUCUCUACAGUCAUCCUAGAAGGAAUCCCCAGGGACUUGAAGAGCGUUUUCAGAAAGUGGCAGGAUACCAGCAGUCCGACCAUCAUGAACCCCUCAGGCGGUGGCACUGGUCUGCGGAGAGGCAGGAGUUUGAGAAUCAUGCCUUUGAACACGGCACUACAGGCAUUGAGGGAAUAG